GCACACAUCCGCAGCAGCAGAGCGAGGCAGAGCCAGGCGAAGGCGCGCGGGCAGGGCAUGGACUGGCACGCGUGGCUGUCGGGGGCGCGGCUGGAGCCGGCGCUGGUGUACGAGUACGCGCUGGUGUUCGCGCGCAACGAGCUGGAGGCCGGCGACGUGGCCUUCCUCGACCACGAGCUCCUCCACAGCAUGGGCAUCUCCGUCGCCAAGCACCGCCUCGAGAUCCUCAAGCUCGCCUGGCGCGACCGCCGCGCCCGCCGCAGGUCGCUGGCCCGACGCCUCCUCGGCCGCGUCGCCAGGUGCGUGCGCUCGCUCGUGCGCCGCGGGGAGGGCGGCUCCACGGCGCUCGUGCUGGUCCCGAGCCAGCAGCAGCCCGACGACGGCCGCAGCCCGGGCGCGGGCGUCCUCGCCGCCAGGCAGCAGCGCCUCGGCAAGGCGCUGAGGCGGGCCGCGUCUGAGCCCAAGAGGUCCGCGCCCAAGGCCGCCACCGGCGGCAGGGCAGCCGCGGCCGUGCACGCCGUCGGGGACGUGGAGAACGGCGGCGACGGCGACGAGAUGGUCAGGUGGGACCGCCUGUUCAAGGACCUCAAGCCCAACUGACGCCGCCAUGAGAGACCUCAUGAUGAUCGAGAGGUGCAGGGACGGUCAGCAUCGAGUGUGCUAGUUAAUGGUUGUGCUUUGUGUUUGAUGAGUGAGUGAGUGGUGUUGGUGUGCUCCACUCCGUGUCCCGUCCCGUCCAUCUUGUUGCAUGUACAGUCUGCAUAGUCUAUGAUCGGAACUGGCCGUCGGACGUCUGGUUUGGUUUGCUUCGCUUUGCCGUCUUAGGCUGUUCUGUUGUUGCCAUGCUGUAUAAUAAA